AUGCAGUUUGAAGCAGCAGCUUCAGCUGUCACCCCUGACUUCUCUCCUGAUGGUCUUUGUAACUUGCUGCAGACUUACUCCCUGUGCCUGAAUCAUGCCAAUCAAUUCUAUGUUUCAGCCCUGCUUGGUUUCUGUCUGAAUGGCUUGACCAUCGCUUCUUUCCGAAAGAUCAAAGAACUGCGAACACCCAGCAACCUGCUGGUUCUCAGCAUCGCGCUGGCCGACUGCGGGAUCUGCAUCAACGCCUUCAUCGCUGCCUUUUCCAGCUUCCUCAGAUACUGGCCCUAUGGCUCUGAUGGCUGCCAAAUUCAUGGAUUCCAGGGCUUCUUGACAGCGCUAGCCAGCAUCGGCUCCUGUGCUGCUGUUGCCUGGGACCGGUAUCAUCAUUACUGUACAAGGAGCAAGCUGCAGUGGAGCACAGCUGUCUGCAUGAUGGUGUUUGCAUGGCUAUUUGCUGCCUUUUGGUCUGUGAUGCCCCUGCUGGGGUGGGGAGAAUACGACUACGAACCCCUUCGGACCUGCUGCACCCUGGACUACAGCAAAGGGGACAGGAACUAUAUUACAUUCCUUUUUGCACUGUCCAUUUUCAAUUUCAUCAUCCCAGGCUUCAUCAUGCUCACAGCUUAUCAGUCGAUACACCAUAAGUUCAAGAAAACUGGGAACUAUAAGUUCAACACUGGUUUACCACUGAAGACAUUGGUCAUUUGCUGGGGUCCCUACUGCCUUUUAUGCUUCUAUGCAGCAGUUGAAAAUGUGAUGUUCAUUUCACCAAAAUACCGCAUGAUUCCUGCCAUUAUUGCCAAAACUGUGCCAACAGUGGAUGCCUUUGUAUAUGCCCUGGGCAACGAGAACUACAGAGGAGGAAUAUGGCAGUUCCUCACAGGACAGAAGAUUGAGAAAGCAGAGGUUGAUAACAAAACUAAAUAACCCACCACAGCAUUAAGUGAAAUUGAUGCAGGAUGAAAACCUGUCCAGUUGAUGUUGCCUGUUGCUACAAGAUGUGUCUCAGAAUAACCCAUUUGCAAAAAAAGAAGCCAUGCACGACAGACAGAAUAUUGUGUGUACAAAAAAAAAACCCAAGCCUAACUGAUUUUUAUAGAGAUUGUGUGGUUCAUUUCCAAGCACUGAGAGUGAGAAAACUUUUGAAGCUAACCAAAGAACAAGCUAAACCUGUCCCUGUGGUGCUUUCCAACAUGUUAGAAAGGAAAACGGUUGCAUAUGGGUUACAAAAGGUUAGGUGGUGCAAUUCUGGAGCAGGCAGUGGGCAGAAGAGAAGUUCCACUCGUGGCUAGAUGUAGAAAAAAAAUGUUAACCAGCAGAAUCCCAUUCAGAGAUGUGCUUUGGGGUUUGUAAGGCUCAAUUUAGUCACAAACUACCUGACAGAGCAAUGAAUAAUGCCAUGACAAAAUUACUUGGAAUAAUCACCACAUUUAAAGUUGAUAGCUAAGAAUUACAUCUUAGGUACACACAACCUUAAGUGAGCAGAUGACAAAACGUUUGCACUGAUAAGGGCAAAAUAAUGUGUAUGGGCACAAAAUUACCUUUAAGUAUGUAUCUACAGUGACAGGCUCUGAAUCUGUAAUUACUGCUUCUCUCAGCAAAGAGGCCUAGGUAGGUCUUGAAAUCAUCAGUUCACUUGUCAGCACGGUCAUGCUGACAAACACAUGCUGAAACACACUAAGAAAGGAAUAGGAUCCAAAAGGACACAUGGUCAUAUCACUUGAAAGCCACAGUACCCAGACCUACUCAAAACAGUGCAUAGUUUGUGUAAUUCCAUCUCAUAGAGUGUGUAGAUAAGCAAGGGAAGGGUCACAAGGAUGGUCAAACAUAAGGAAAAGCUUGAACAUAGUAGGGAUGAAAUGAAGGAGAGCACUGGCACUGGAGAAGUAGCUGGUGAGCAGACCAGAGACAGCCCUACCGAGUCAGAUGUUCAGGAGAUGCAAAGAUGGAAUGAUCGUUUGCCACUACCAACAGCACAAGAAUGAUGAGACUUGCAGUAAAAUUAA